AUGGCGGCCAAAUACGUCGUAAAAGAAAUGAAGAGCAAGGUCGAAAUGGACGCCAUCAUGGACGUUAUCUGGGCCGCGAACUAUGACCCGUACGAUACAUACGCUCAGCUGUUCUUCCCUGUUCUAGGGUAUACGCCUACCGCCCGCGAGGAUGCGAUCACUGAGUCGAAGAAUCGUUUUUGGGGCAACCACAACAGCACGCCUACAAGCAACUGGUACUAUGUGGAGGACGUCACGAAUGGGAAAGUAGUUGGAUGCGCGCAGUGGGAGGUUUACACGCAGAAUCCGUUCAAGAAUGGACCACCCACCUUGAGAGCACCAUGGUGGCCAGAGGGUGAAUACCAAGAGUUCUGCGAGGAAAUCAUCAGGCAGGUCUAUACGCCGAGGACAAACUGGAUGCGGAGGCCACACUUAGCGCUCAAUUGGAUGGCGGUGAUACCAACAUACCGUGGAAAGGGUAUCGGAUCGCUUCUCAUGAGUAUUGGGACGUCUCAAGCGGAUGAGCUUGGCGUUGAGUGCUGGAUGGAAGCUUCGUCCAUGGGAAAGAAAUUAUACGAGAAGCACGGCUUUCGUUCGCUUUUUAAGAUGCAAUUCGACAUGGACAGGAAGAACGCGAGCGAUGUGUGGAGGAAAUGUGUGCAUGAGCUAACCCCGACUACAGUCUACCCUAUGUGGAGACCUACGCACGGAAUUUGGGAACUGGAAGGAGAUUCUAUCAAAUUUCCUUGGGAGCGUGGUGCUGCCUGA